UGCUGCGCGUGGAAGACCAUGAAACUGGCCAUCUGCUCACGGGGGGAGCUGGAGGAUUUCCUGAGCGAGGCCGUGUGCAUGAAGGAGUUCGACCACCCCAACGUCAUGAAGCUCAUCGGUGUGUGCCUGCAGCCCUGGGGGGGCGGCUCGGAGGGGCCGCCCCCCGCCCCCAUCGUCCUGCUGCCCUUCAUGGCCCACGGGGACCUGCACAGCUUCCUGCUCUGCGCCCGCCUCGGGGACCCCCCCACGGCGCUGUCCCCUCGCACCCUGCUGGGGUUCAUGGCUGACAUCGCGGCCGGGAUGAGCUACCUGAGCCAGAGGAACUUCGUGCACCGAGACCUGGCGGCGCGGAACUGCAUGCUGGACGAGCGGCUCCGCGUGCGCGUGGCCGAUUUCGGCCUCUCCAAGCAGGUCGGCCGCUCCCUCUAUUACCGGCAGGGCCGCGGCGCCCCCAUGCCCGUCAAGUGGGUGGCCCUGGAGAGCCUGGCCGAGCGCGUCUACACCACCAAGAGCGACGUG